CGGACAAUACGGAAUAAUAAUAAUAAUAAUAAUAACAAUAAUAAUAUAAUAUUAUAAUGCGAGGCGACUGAGUGUACGCGAGAGCUGCUGUUGCUCAAGGGCGCGUUUUGAUAACAAUGCAACAAAAUCGUGUGCGUUCUUCUCGUACGGGUCGUACGUCGUCGGCGAGUGAAACGUUACCAAUACGCUACGCGCAUCGCGGAAUUUUCUCCGAUCGGACCGGCAGACGGAUCGGCACGCCCGCGACGACGAUCGUACGAGAAACGUUAGAAACGAUAAGCAAUCGGUUGGUGCGGGCGACGCGGAAAAAGAAACGCGUAUGUUGUUCUCAGCCGCCGUCUUUUCCUCCUUGCGUUCGUCUCGCGGCCAGUAUGUCCACAUCGCUACUCCUGUAGUGCGCACCGUUGGAUCAUCGAUACACGAUUCCAAUCGAUACCCCAUGUCGUCUUCGUCCUCUGUUACAACUAUUGUUACUGCCAAUUCUGCCGCAACUACUACAACUAUCGUUACUACUUAUAGACAUAGCAGUCAUUCCGAUUUUACACCGGACACCGCCGACAACAUCUGAAGUCAGUGCGCAACAAUUAUGGUGGCUCGCAUCCGGUACACGUUGUAGUGGUGUCGAGUCGUUGCAAAAACGUUCGCACAUGUAUUGUGUGGACGCCAAAUAGGGAGGUGAUAGGGAAGUGUAUUGUAUGAAUACAAGGAAUAUGCCUUCGGAAUGGGAUCCAAAAGUUAGUAUUUGUUCAUUAUUACUUGCAUGCUUGUUAUGUCAUUGAGUUUGGAAAAAAAUAGGUACCCCACCUACUUAGCUGUGAAAAUGUUUCAUAAUUUUAAAUUCAUACUGUUUAUAAACGUUUAAAAUCAUAUUUAACAAUGUUGUUAUAAUUUCCCGUAACUCCCCUCGUGGAGUUUUGAAGGCUGUUAAAUAUCCUUCCAAACUACGAAUUUCGGACCAGGUACUGAGUAGUACUAACUAUAAGCAAUUUAACGAUAAAUUAAUUUUAAUCAUACAAUUAAUUAUUUCUUUUUUUUUGAAUUUGUUAUGUACUCCAAGAGCCAGACUUCAACCGAUUGUUCUUGUAUCAUUGUAAAUGUUUUAUUUAUUUUCAUUUUUUUUUAAACAAACAAUAUUUGGUUAAAACAUUUUGGAAAGCCAGCAGAUUUGGUAUCUACUUAUUUAUUUGCUUAUUUGGAUUUAAAAAUUGUUACGUCACCCCUUUCUAGUUUACUUAGAACCCGGCUCUACUCAAAUAUUGUUCUUGAUCAGGGUUGUGAAUUUAAUAUUUAUUACACUCGACAUUGACAAAGUAUUAAUUAAAGUACCUAGGUAUGCUCUUUAAAUUCUUGAAAUAUGCUCUAAUUUUUUAAAAAAGGGCAAAAAAAUACUAACAGUUUAAUUUUUGUUUCAAUAAUAUUAAUAUAUUUAUUAUUAUUUAUUAAGAAUAUAUGUUUAUAAUAUCUAAUUAAAAUUGUUAUCUUAACUCUAAUGUUUUAAUAUUUUUAAGUUAUAAAUCGACUAACUACAGUCCAGCCGGAAAGAGAACGCUACUGAGUGGCAAGCAAAACUACUCCGUUUUCCACAUUCCUACAGUGAGUAGGUAAUAGAGUGAGAGAAAUUUGGGCACAAAACCGUGAAGCUUGUUCAAUUAGAUGUGCAGAGGAGUAGCAUUCUCUCAUCGGCUAGACUAUAUCUAAAAUAUUAUAGGCAUACUAUGUAAUACUAUAUUAUUCUCUCGAUUAUAUCCGAUAUUAUCUAUCUGUUCUAUUAUAUUAUUAAAACAUUAGGCGAUUUUUUGGGACAAUUAUAUCUGAAGUUCUACCUUACUAAUUUUUCUGAUUUUUUUUUUUAAACGUAAGUGUUUUUUUUUAUGUAGAUGAGCUAUCUAAUGAGAAAAGCUCAUAAAAUUAUUUUAUUAGUUAUUUGAACGAUGACAAAACUAUACUUCACAUAUUUUCUAACUGGCAUAGAAUAUUAUAAAAAAAAAACAUGCAAAUUCAUUAAAUUUACAACCACAUGUAUGACUAAUAAUGUAUUUUGAUUAUUUUACAUUAAGUAUUGGCACCUAUCAUUCCUACAUAAAAUAAAUUUUAUUUUAUGUAUGUUAAUUUAAUGCUACAGUAUAGAUAAUAUAAAUUAUAUUAAUUGAUGUAUGCAGACAUGAAAUACUUAUUAUUUAGUUAAGUAUAGUUUUGUUUUAUUAAAAACUGUUUAUAUUAUAUUUUUUUUUUUUUUUUAGACCCCAGUCAGUGGCCCAAAAAUGAACCUGAUGUCCGUACAUCACCAGGAUCACCAGGACGACAAUUGCGACCGCGGUUUUUUCCAUUAUGCCCUAAAUGUAACCUGCCAAUUCAGGGUAAGACUGUUCAACAAAAUAUUUGUGUAUGUCUACCAUCAACCCCAACGUCCCCAACUACAUCCAGUGAUUCUACAUUUUUUGCAAAUCAAUCAAAAAAAAGAAACAAAAAAACUUUGUCUCCGCCAGUAGUAACAUGUAAACGUCAAUUGUUUGAUGUAUGCCAUGAACAACCUAAAAGCACAAUAAUUUUAGCAGAUACACAGGAGCUAUCAUCAGCAGCUGAGAGUACAACAGUUGGUGAAAGUUCCAAUAUUUCUUCAGAAUCAUUGCUUCAGGAGACACCAGUAGUCAAUCAGAUGUUAAAAGGACGACAUGUAUGUCAGGUAUGUUUAAAGUCUUUUACCAGUACAUGUAAAUUAACACAACAUUCUUAUUCUCAUACUGAAGAAAAACCAUUUGUCUGUAAUCACUGUUCUAAAGCUUUUUCAUCAAAAUUUAAACUCGUUCGCCAUGUAUUAAUACAUUCUGAUCAACGUCAAUAUCAUUGUACAGUUUGUGAUCGAACAUUUCAUAGGAAAGACCAUUUGAAAAAUCAUGCAAAAGUACAUAAUCCUAUAAAACGGACUUUACAAUGUGAUAGACCGGGUUGUUCAAAGGAAUACAGUUCAGUACUUAGUUAUCGUAAACAUAUAGCUCUUCAUUCAUUAGAAGAAGGAUUUCUUGACUGUAAGAUUUGUAGUAAAGUUUUUGAAUCCAAAGAUGAACUUAUAUAUCAUUUGAAAAUACACUCAGGAUCUAGGGUGGUUAAAACUCCGGCUGAUAAGAAAUAUCGAUGUAAUUUUUGUGAGCGCAGUUUUUAUACUGGCAAAGAUGUUCGACGACAUUUAGUUGUGCACACUGGUCUGCGAGAUUUUCUUUGUCAAUUUUGCCCACAACGAUUUGGUCGAAAAGAUCAUCUCACACGGCACAUUAAAAAAAGUCAUAAUUUUAAUGCGAAUAAGAAAACCAAAAAACCGAGCGAAGUCCAUAAAAGUAAAUCUGUGGACACAAUUUACCUUGAAACCUAUGGUCAGCCAUAUAAGACAGAAAGUAAAGUAACUGAAACUGUUACUAGUGAGUAUUUGAUAAAACAAGAGAAUAUCUUAGAGUCAGAAGUGCCAAUAUUUCAUUCAUCUGACAUAACUAGUUUUAAUUACAGUGAAAAUAACAGUCAGUCUGUUGGUUCCAGUGAAAUGAGUUUGUCUGAUAUGAACUUUGAACAGGCUUCAUAUCCAGUAGACGAAUUAAAAGUUUUUGAUACAACCUUAACAGGCCAAUUGGCAGAUAAUUACCAACAUUCAACAAGAAGAUCUGAAAUUCCAGGAUUACCUCAAUUAAUUAGAUUGAUACCUACAUCCACCAUAAGUAAUAUUGAGCCUGAAACUUCAGUACUAACAAAUGACGAUGAACCAACCAUUCUAAUGCCAUCCCAAGAAAUCAUCUCUGAAGAGCCAAUUGAAAUUGGCGAUUACACAUCUCCAUCAGAACUUCUUUCAGCAUUAUUAAGACAACCUAGUGAAACUGGCAAUUCUACGCCAUUGCCAGGAUUUAGUCAAGUAUUUCAUCCACAACAAUAGUUUCAUUUGUAUUUAGGUAUAUAAUAUAUAUCUAUGUAUUUAUCUAGUCAGUCAUCCUUGGUGGUUCAUAUAAUACCUUUUUCUGAUUACAUAUAUUAUAUUAAUUUUAGAUAUUAUUAUUAAAACAUAAUUCAAAAUAAUUUAUUUUUAAUAUAAGGCUAAUUAAAAACAUACAAGUGCUUCACUUUCCGAGUUAUUUAAGUUAUCCGAGUUACUGUACCUAGUAAAAAAAAUUUCUUUUUUUGCAUUUUUAAAUAUACCUUCAGUUUAUAUAUUUUUGUAAACAAUAAAAUAAUUAAUAAUAUAUUUUCUAUAACCAUUACUGUAGUGCAAAGUCAAAAAACAAAAAUAUAUGUAUACAUAUAUAAUAUAUAUUUUUUAUAAUCUAGUCUUCAAACCAAUAUACACAUAAUAUAUUUUAUAUAUUAUUUGUUUAAGUAAUUUGUUAAAUAAUCAUGUUAUAAUUAUACAAUAUUUUGAGUAUAAUUUUUUUUGCAAUUUAAAUUAAGAUUGCUGCUGUCAAUUUUUCACCAAUGUUCUUUAAAGAACUGCCUGGUGGCUAAUCCACCAUUAUAGUUUUUAAAUUAUUACCUAUUUGUGACCAAGUUUUUUGUGAGUAAUAUGGUAUAAAUAUUAUAAUGUUUGUUUCCUGACUGUAAAUUUGAUUGAUUUGGUAUUUUAUAAGUUAAAUGUUAUAUUAGGGACCAAAAACCAUUACUAAUACGUUCCUAGUAUUAUUUAUCUGCUGUAAAGUAACAUAAAUAUUUUUAUUCUUUAUAUUGUAUGUGCUAAAUAUGUACCUGCUUUAUGUCAAUUAAGACAGUUUAAUAAUAUUAAAAUUGUAUUGUACUUGUUAAAUCUGUUGGUUUGUGUUGAGCAAUUUAAAUAUUUAGUUAUAUUUUUUCUUGCCAGUGUCUGGAGAAAUCUGAAACUUAUUGAUAUAAAAACUACAGGUAUAUUUUUUUUUAUUAUUGACUUAUUUUUGUAUAGUUUUAUAUAAAUUUGAUAAAAAAAAUAUAUAUAAAAAUUUAAUUUUAUACUAUUAAAAAAAAAAAAAACAGAUUUAAACUUGUUCAAUAAUAUAUUAUUUGACCAUUUACGAAUUUAUGUAAAAUUAUAAAACAUUUAAACAUUUAAUCUUGAGCUGAGUCAAAUAUUUAAUUAAUUCCAUGUGUUCAUUAAUGCUUAUAAUACAAUAUAGUUAAAUCAUUAUUAUUUUUAUUAAUAUUUAUCUAACCUUCAUGUUCAAAUAAAAAAUAUAAUUGUUAUAUCCUGAUUGUCAAAUCUAGUUUUAUGUGUACUAUAUGAUUAUAAGUUUAAUGUAUCAUGUAUUUAUGUUUGUUUGCUUAUUUAUAUUAUAAUUAUAAACAUUAGUUGAUUAAGUAUACAAUGUUAUAAAUUUUUUUCACUCUAUGUUUUUCAACUUACCAAGUUGUAGACAACUAUAGAGUUUAUAUAUAAUGAUUAUAGAAGGUUAAUUGUUGUUUUAUUUAUUGUUAAUGUAUUAAUUUAAAAUCUUAAUUUUUUUUUUCAAUCAAAUUUGAAUUAAUAAUUUGUUUUUGUAAUUUAGCAUGGGUUUUUUGGCACAAUGAUUAUUUAUACAUACUGUAUAAAACAAUUGGUUAUUAAACUCAUGUCUGUUACUAAAUUUUUCUAUUCACAAUGUGUAAUAUAUUCUUAUUGUUCAUUAUAUAACUUUUAUAAUGUAACUUUAACAUAGCCAAAAUAUUUUACCAACCAUUUGAUUUUAUAUGUUAUUCAGUAAUACUGUGGAUACAGAAAGUAUCAAUACUAAUUUGUUAAAAAUUAGAUAAAAGACAUGUACCUUAUUAUAUAUUAAUUAUAGUAUUAUUUUAUUAUAGUUUUAUCAUACAAAUAUAAUAUUUGUUUUAUGUUUAAGGAAACCUAUUUCUGUGAUAUUAUUGUUAAUAAUAGUUAAGUACAAAUAAUUUGUUAUAUUUUUAUGAUCAACAAACUAUUAGUUUGAUUGUUCAUUUUUUAUUACAUAUUAUUAUCUUAUAAUUUAUCUAUAUUUAUUUUGAUAUUAUCGGCUGCUUUUUAUUUUUGUAAAUACUUAAUACAAGUAAAAUUUGGUUUAAACUUAAUUAUAUCUAGGGGAUCUCAACAUUCUCCCAUAGUACAUAAUUAAAAUAUAGAUACAGCAAAUACUGGUGAGAUAAUAUAAUUUAAUAGUUUCAAUCUGGUAUAUUUAUUAUUUUCACAUUUAAUUCAAAAAAUACAAAUUUUAAAUUAAUUAAUUAAAAUACAUAUUAUAUUUUUCUUAAAGACAAUUUUUUAUACUUAGAUAAAUACAUUUUAAUAUUUCAUAUUACACUCCAAGAGGUAUCUCUUAAUAUUUUAAUAUUAAAUUAAAUACCUAAUCAUAAUAUAUUGUAUAGAAAAAAAAUGGAUUAAAAAUUGUAUUUAAUAUUAUUAUAUACUUAUCUGCAUUUUUUUUUUGUGGGUGGUAAUCCAAUUAUUUAUACAUAUAUAUGAGAUUAAUUAAUUUUGAGUGGUUAAAUAUUUACAUUUAAAACUAGGUAUUAAAAGUAUAUUUUUAGUACUUAUAACCAUUUGAAUUAUCUUUAAAUUGUAUUAAAAAAAAAAUUGCACUUGAUAUGUAAACUGAUUAUAUGUAUAUUAUAAAGAAAUAAUUAUUUAUAUUUCAUAUAAGUGGGUAUGUAAUAUUGGUUAUUAUUAGGUAUAUUAUUACUAUUAUUUUUUUUAAAACACAUUUAUUAUUUAAUUCUAUUGCAUUUUUAUUUUUGUUCCAAAAUAUUAUAUUAUAUAAGUUAUUAAUUAAUUGAUUGAUAAGAUAAGUGGAAUAUUAUAUUUUUAAUACACAUGCUAAGUACUUAAAACUCGUUAAUUAAUGUGGUAUUUUAUAAUAUUAUGUACAAUUUAUUAUAACCGUAAAAGUCGUACUUACAGUAAAAAUUUACCUGAC